AUGUCAGAAAUCAUCAUCAAAUGUCUGACUCCGAGGACAGCCGUCCAGAUCAAACCCUCGCUGAGCAACGCCCAGGCGGUGGAGUUGGUCGGACGGUUGUACGGUCUGAAGGUCUCAGAAGUCCAACCGAUGCCCAGUUUACUGGGACCAGAACUUCCGUUUGUCCUGGUACAUGAGACCCAGGGGAGUGGGGAUCACAUGAAGAGCUAUGUCCUCAAAGUGAUGAACGCGGCCGACAGCCAAGACGCAGAUUUGGUGGAAGCACAAACGCAAGUCAUGAUGUUCUUGAACCAGAAAGGUUUUCCCUCCUCCACACCCAUCCCAACCACUGACGGCAAGAUUAUGUCACUGGAGACAAUCAAGCAGGGGAAUGACUAUAAACAAUACAUGGUCAGGCUGUUGACCUAUCUGCCUGGAAUCCCGUUGGCCAAGUUCACUUUGGAUCAUCGGAUUUACUACGAGUUGGGCAGAACCGUUGCCCAAAUGGACAAGAUGCUUCACGAGGAAUUCCGUCACCCUACCAUGAAGAGCCUGCACCGAGACAAAUUUAUAUGGAACCUUUCAAACACUAAUCUUCUGGAAAGGUACCUGCAUGAAAUGGAGGAGGGUGAAACACUCAUGAUUAUAAAGCAAGUUAUUCAACAGUUCAAGGAGAAGAUCCGUCCCAACUUGCACAAGUUUCGUCAAGGCUUUAUUCAUGGCGACUGCAAUGACUACAACAUUCUGCUGCAAUCUGUGGAUUUGUCAGCUGAUCAAACGGUGGAGAAAGCAGAAAAAACUUCCCCAGAGCUAACGUUACGGAUUUCCGGCAUCCUGGACUUUGGUGACAUGAGUUACGGUUGUUUUGUGUAUGAGCUGGCGAUAACCAUCUCAUAUCUCAUGAUUGACAGACAAGACCCUCUCAGUGUUGGCGGCCAUGUCAUUGCUGGCUUCGAGAGUGUGAUCCCACUGAGGGAGGAGGAGAGAGGUGCAGUAUUUCUGUUGGUGCUCUGUCGGUUUUGUCAGAUGCUGGUGAUGGCCAGGCACAACGUGCUGCUGCAGCCGGAAAAUGAGGAUUACCUCACUAUCUCAUCCAGGAACGGCUGGAGAUGUCUGCAACAAUUGUGGCGAGUGGGUAAAGAGGCAGCGGAGAGGAUCUGGUUUGAUGUGGUCAAGUCCUAUCAGCAGUAACAUAAGCGCCGUUUGUGCCAACACACGCACUGCAAGCAAAAAACAAGGAACUCAGCAGCUCAGGCAGCAUCUGUGGGGAUGGAGAGUAUCUGUGGAAUUUUCUUUUUAAUUUCAAAAAUAAACUUUAUUCAUAAUAACAAAAAUAUAGACAAAAGAAGAACAGUGUAAAGCUCUUUAUAUUCUUGGUGUUGUUUGGUCUACACAUUCAGUGUUGCUAGUUCUAUACCUAGUAUUGUUAGCACAUCUUUAUUUUGUACAGAGCCAUUGCCACUCAUGUGGCCCUCUGAGGUGAUACACCCUUCUGUUUACCGAGCUUCCCCACCAGACUCAGCCCCUCGGUAUCCUGUAGUGGAAGGAGCCUCGACUGUGGUCCUUCCCCACAGAACCUUUGCAUUGGCUGCACCGAGCUUCGUUGCAUCCCUCAGCACGGACUCCUGCAGCCUGGAAGGUGCAAGUCUGCAGCAUUCCCUUACGGACAUCUCACCGCACUGAGAGACCAACAGGUUUUGGGCAGAACAAAGAGCAUCUUUCACCAAUUUGAUGAUCUUCCAGCAGCACUUGAUGUCUGUCUCUGUGUGUGACUCUGGGAACAGCCCAUAGAUCAGAGAGUCCUCUGCUGCACAGCUGCUUGAGGUGGGCCACGACACUGACCCUCGCAUCCUCCUCCACACCCUCUUAGCAAACCCACAGUCUGCAAAGAGGUGGGUGACCGUCUCCUCCCCAUUGCAGCAUGUAUUGGGAGUGAUAUUCCGACCAUACAGGAAGGAUCUAACGGAGGAUCCCUCUCACCACCAGCCAAGCAAGGUCUCGGUGCUUGUUGGUGAGUUCUGGCGAUGAGGCGUUCUGCAGAUGACUUGGACAGUGCGCUCAGGGAGCCACGCCACAGUACGUGGGGUGAGUCCUGGCAGAUGGAGCCAGGUGGGGGAGGGAAGGGUGGAGAUAGCAACAGAGGCUGAGAGGUGAUUGGUGGAUGCAACAAGGGGCUGCAGAUGAUGCAAUCUGAUAAGGAAGGUGAGUUGAAGAGACUUAUAUCUAUCAUUCCCAACCUCUUAAAGGAGGUUUAUUAAAGUUACAUUUUCCUCCAACUUUUCUCUUAGUUCCAGUUAACAAUUAGCAGAAGAAAACUGGGACAGGAGAAGGCCAUUCAGCCCACACCUGUCUAUUCCACAGGCCCCGGUCCAUCAUAACGCUCCUGAAACUCUUUAAUAAUAGCUUAGUCAAUAAGCAGUUUCCUCCACUGACACCUUAGACAUGCUGAGCAGAUUGAGCUGAAGUUGACCCAUAUCAGAAUGUGUCAGGAUGUCUGAACGUCCCACGUGUAAAUGUUUCAUGUCUGCGAUUCCAUUUCUGAAUGUUCCAAGGCAGAUCGUUGUGUUCCAUGUCACGAUGUGUCUGAUAUGUCCAUUCUAUGUCACUGUGUACAUGAUCAAACUUCCUAUGUUAGUUUGUUCUGUAACUGAAUGAUCUGUAUCAGAAUGUUCUAUGACCAAACCUCCCAAGUGUAACUGUUGCAUCUGAAUGUCUAACCGUUGAAAGUCUUGUAUUUGAGUAUUUUCUGGCUGGAUGUCCUGUGUUUCAACGUACCAUAUCUGAAUGUCUGUGACGGAAUCUCCAGUGAGAAAUAACAACUCAAUGGGUAAUGUGACCAUCAAUAGCUAAAUAAAAAUUUUGGAACUAGAUUUUAUAAAAAGCUUAUUCUGGCAGAAUACGUACUAAUCCUGAGGAUUUGUAGAACUGACAACAGAUGAUCAAAGACUGAUAAAGAGGACAAAGAAUCUGAAAGCUGGAAAUAUAACUAAAAAUAGAUUGCACCUUUGUAGAUUGGAGAGUUAAAAUAAAAGUUUGUCUUUUAGGAGCACAGGGGUCAUGGCUAAGAGGAAAUGGCUGGGGCACUAAACUGUAUUUUAGGACCAUGGGAUCUUUAACCUGAGAGACCAAAACAUUUAUCUUCUUGUCCAAGGAAUUGACAUGUCAACAGUGUAUCACCCUCCAAGUGUCAUCCUAGACCUUUUUGUUCAGCUCUCUUGAGCAGGAUUUGAACCCACUAUCUAAGGAUUCAGAUGAGAGAUAUCACUAAGACUCUUGAAACAGACACUUUGUUCCAAGCUCCAUCAUGGCAAGAUAUUACCAAGGAGACAGAAGUAAAGGAUGUGCUCAAAGCCUCCUCAAAGAAAUGCAAUGUCCACACUUAUUUCUGGGAAUCUCUGGCCCUUGACCAUCCAAAGCAGAGAAGGAGUUGGUACUGAGAACCUCAGGGCCAUGCAUCAGAGCAGACAGAAGCCCUGUGUAGGUGGUGGAAGGAGUGCACCACCUCACAAACGAUUCCAUCAGGUGCCUCCUGCUCCAUCUGUGGAAGAGUCUGUGGUCCCACAAUUUCUCCCAAUAGCCAGUCCACAGCCCACAAAACUGGAG